ACAUCCAAGAAUUAAUUGAUUGUCAACAAAGCAAAAGUUUCUAAAUAACAAAUUUAAUAAGAAUUUUUUCUAUAAUUAUAAUAAAAUAAAAUGGAUGAUAAUCCAGAAUCCGUUCUACGUAGUAUUUGUUGUACAUGUUUGAGUGUAGACAGAAGACUAACACAACUUUCCCGAAUCGACGAUGGUGUCAAUAACUUAUUUUUUCUACUUUCCUACGAUUCUGAGGCUUAUAAGACAAUGUUUCAAAUGGAGGCUACACAUCUAUUCAUCUGCUGGGAAUGUAAAGCGCUCAUGGGUAGGCUGUGCAGGUUUAGAAACCAAGCAUGCAUAGCCCAGAAACAGCUGUCAGACAUCACUGACGGAAGACUUGAUGUAAAAAAGCACAAUACACUAUCAAAACUAUCAAAUUAUCAUCAAAAUUCAUACAACCAAAUAUAUGAAUUCGUAUCAAAUGAUGACAUACACUACAAUUUUAUUGACUGCGUACCAGAAAUAGAUGAUAUUAAGACUGAAUUUGAUACUAACGAUGAAACACUAGAUUUACCAAUAUUAGAUAGUAUAGAACAUUUUACAGAAAACAUAAACAUAACAGACACAAGAAUUGAUGAAGAACAUCAACCUAAAAUAGAAAUAAAACCUCUUUUGAAAAAUAAUAAAAAGGUAAAAAAAGAAACUAGCAAGAAAGAGAGGUUAAUAAAAAAAAGAAAUAAAUCGCCCUCCAAAGAGGUUGAUAGUUCGGAAGAGGAUGUCAAUUAUUCAACUAUAGAGAUGUCGGAACAGGAAAUGAUAGAAAAUAGAGAGAGUAUGAAGAUCCUAGACAGUUAUGUUAAUGGUACACACAAAUGUGAAUCUUGUAUUGAGAGCUUUAUAGAUAGUAAUGAAUUGGAGAAACAUAAGUUGGAGUUACAUGUACAGGUAAGUAAUAAACCUAGAUAUAUACAGUGUGAUAAAUGCCAAGUGUAUAUAAAGUACUGGUGGUUGACGGAGCACAGAAAAGAUCAUUAUACAAAAUAUAAGUGCAACUUCUGUGACCAUGUCACGUCAAGUGUGCUCGAUGUAUUGAAACAUUUGAAGGUUGAACAUGGAACUAACAAUGUUCGUUCUAGAGUAUGGCAGAAGGUAAAAAGAAGAGCAGUACAAACAAAUCCGGCUCUGAAAUCGCGAAGGACCAAGAAACCGGAAAUCAAAACACCGUUUGGUUACUUAUGUAGUGAAUGUGAUAAAUACUUUGAAGUGCACGCGCCCGCGGCGCGGCAGCAGUGCGCGCAGUGCGGGCGGCUCGUGCGCGCCGACCGCGCGCGGCUGCACGCGCGCACGCACGCGCCGCGCCCGGCGCUGGCGUGCGCGGCGUGCGGCGCGCGCUUCGUGUCGCGCGACUCCUACGAGAAGCACCUGCGCUACUCGCGCGCUCACGCCGUGCGCGACGUGCACAAGUUAGUGUCUCGUGUCAACAGAGCGCACGCCGCGCGCUUCGUGUCGCGCGACUCCUACGAGAAGCACCUGCGCUACUCGCGCGCUCACGCCGUGCGCGACGUGCACAAGUUAGUGUCUCGUGUCAACAGAAAGCACCUGCGCUACUCGCGCGCUCACGCCGUGCGCGACGUGCACAAGUUAGUGUCUCGUGUCAACAGAGCGCACGCCGCGCGCUUCGUGUCGCGCGACUCCUACGAGAAGCACCUGCGCUACUCGCGCGCUCACAGCGCGGCGUGCGGCGCGCGCUUCGUGUCGCGCGACUCCUACGAGAAGCACCUGCGCUACUCGCGCGCUCACGCCGUGCGCGACGUGCACAAGUUAGUGUCUCGUGUCAACAGAGCGCACGCCGCGCGCUUCGUGUCGCGCGACUCCUACGAGAAGCACCUGCGCUACUCGCAGCGCGGCGUGCGGCGCGCGCUUCGUGUCGCGCGACUCCUACGAGAAGCACCUGCGCUACUCGCGCGCUCACGCCGUGCGCGACGUGCACAAGUUAGUGUCUCGUGUCAACAGAGCGCACGCCGCGCGCUUCGUGUCGCGCGACUCCUACGAGAAGCACCUGCGCUACUCGCGCGCUCACGCCGUGCGCGACGUGCACAAGUUAGUGUCUCGUGUCAACAGAGCUUCAGAACUUUAACUGAACUGAACGAUCAUAUCAACUAUAAGCACAUGGAAAGAACGCAACACAAAUGUCCCAUAUGUAAUAAGGCAUUAGCAACGCGACGCGGCGUCACUCGCCACGUCCGACGUGCGCAUCAGGGCAUCAAGGAGAAGAUAGGGGACAAAAUAUUGUGUCAGACUUGCGGGAAGGCUUUUAGAGAUAAAAAAUGCCUCCAAGAACACGAACUUAUUCAUACCGGAGAAAAACCUCUCUCAUGUGACCUGUGUGGGCGCACUUUCCGACAGAGCGCGUGCCUGUACACACACAAGCGCAGAGUUCACAAAAUGGCGCCUAAACGACAGAUUAUACACACCGAUGAUAUCAGUGUUAUUAAUAUUAAACCGCAAUAAAUAAUAAAAUUUUA